AUUUCAUGCACGAAAAUGGAGGUCGAUGGAAAUAAUAAAAACACUCAACGCAAUCGACUACGAUUAGCCACCGCUCCCCACCACACCUUCGGGGUCCAAACAGAAUCGAAUACGCUGAACGCAUGGGCGCGGAAGAGUAACGCCCCACCACGUGAAAGCGGCUCUGGGAGUGAGGAUGAUUCCGACAUUGAGAUUGUCAGCGUUUACAAUGACACCAAACUCGAACCAAAGGAAUUUGUCAGGGAAUGGGCAAGCCUUCCAUCGCCUUGCAUUGACCUUACCGAUUCUUGCUGGGAGCCACAAAAGAGGCGGAACCGAAGGAGAGGAAAUGACUCCCUAUUGGUUGCAGUGGCCGUGAGUGAUAACAGCCUAUCAGAAGGCGAGGUGGAACCACUGACCUCGGCAGUGGAACUUGCAACGCCGGAGGUCGAGCGAAAGACACUGUGUCACUCUCCGACCAAGUCCCCAGGAAAGCGGGAAAGGACUCCUGACUUUCUGGACAACCUCAUUUUGGAAAAUUGGGAAUGUUCUCAUCGCCACCCUUCACCGGAACCGAGGGAAGAGCAUCGGGACGGCAAGUCGUGGAGUUUCCCCUGGGAGUCUGACCGCCGCUCUCCCUCCGAGAGUUCGUCAGAGGAAGAGGGAAUUCCCGGAUCUCCACUCUCUGGCAUUCCGGAACCUGCGCGGAUUCCCCGGACUACCGAAACCGAGCAGGAGACUCCGGGAUCUCCGCGACCCGUGACUGUCGCCCCCGGCGUUUCGGACGGAAUACCAGCUCUGACUGCGGCAGAAUCGCGGCUGGAAUGCGAAACCGAUAACGCAGUCCGGGACGCGGGGGCGCAGGCGAGCCCUCUGCCCACAGGAGGAAGUGUAGGCGAGUCGGAGGGAGAGGAGGACAAGGAGCCGGGAGACCUGGGGAACGACUUCCCAGACUACCCCGAGGCCACCUCUCCCCUGAGCCCCUUCAGCCCGUACUACUGCCCCAGUGAGAUCGACUCCCGGCUGUUCUCCGACGGCUCCAGCAUACACUGCUCGCAGGACGGCGAGGACCUGGACAGCCCGCCCCCGACCCCGACCACCCCGCCUCAGGGCCCAAUCAGGGACCUGCUCCUGGAGGACCUGGCCUACGGAGCCUCGCCUCCCCACCGGCCGCCGGACGUGGACUUCUUGAGUGACAGGGAGCUCCAGGACCCGCCCUCACCCAGGCCCCCACCCACACCCUCACCCGGACCACCCCCUUUCUCUCCGGGCUUUGAUCAGUCCCCCCCGCGGCUCUCCCCCGCUCUCCGGCCCGGCGUGAGGUCCGUGUCCCCCACCUCUACAGAGAUACUCGCCAGCGACUCGCCUGAUUGGCUGGGGGACGAUGCUGAGCUGACCAGUCGCAGCCCUGCCAGCCUCCUCAGCAGCGGGGAGAUGGGCAGCGAUCCCCGUUGGUCCAGCCCUGGAGCCGAGAGCCCUGCGCACAGCUCGGGGCCUGGGGACAGCGAGGGGGAGGGGCUAUCAGAAACGGAGGCGGGGUCUGGCUCCAGGGAGGCCAGUCGGAAAGACAGACAGUAUGUGUCGCGAACCCAGUUAAACAGGCUGAAGCGUUUAAUGGGGAGGCCUCUACAAGAGUCGCAGGGCGGAGACGACAGCCCAGGAUCCCUGGACGAUGGUGAUGAUGAUGAUGAAGAGGAAGACUCAGGCCCCGGGGAGCCUCUCUGCCGACAGGGCCUGAGCCUGGUCCACAGCUCCAUGGAAGAGCGUUGCCAUGACAGCACGCUGCAGCUGCUCUCGGACUUCCUGCGCCCCCGCCGCUACCCCCCGCCCGACGUGGUGUCCCACUUAAUCAGGGCCAUCCUGCUGGGCUCGGAGACCCCCCCGGCCCAGGUCCUCCAGGCCUACAGCCUCCUCAUGAGGAUACAGAAAAGCCUCCCUGCCACGGUGUCUACGGUGCAGUGGGACUGGGAGCUCAUGACCUCGGCCAUGCAGGAGCGGGGAGCAGAGCGGCGGCCAGUCCUCCGCCUCCUCCUGCAGUACGUCCUGCAGACGCUGCACGACGACUUCCACCUGGACCACCGGAGGCGGCAGGGCUCCAUCGCCAAGGCGACGCUGUCCUGCUACCAGGCCAUGGCGCACGUCAGAGAUGUGAUCGGUUGGCUGGUUGCCGCGGUGAUGAAUUCGACCUGUGACCCCGGGGGGCGUGACUGUGAAACUGAGAUGGAGACGCAGAAGGAGAGAGACGAGAAUCUCAGGAUAGUGCUGGUCCUGCAGAAGAUGCUGGCCCUGGCCAUGGAGGUGGACUCCCCCACCACCAGCUCCAACAAGAUUUGCGAGGACCUCCACCUGAUACUGAUCGGCCCCCACCUGCACAGACACCACAGGCUGCUGCUCCUGCAGACCCUGGAGAGCAGUCUGCUGCAGUGCAAGCUGGUGGAGCUGCUGCUUCAGCAUGUCUGCGCAGACAAGACUAAGCUGCCCAUGUCUCUGAGUCUGAUCCUGCACUUCCUGCGCAGUGCCACACUGCCACCUGACCCCACGGACGGUGUGGAGACCUGGAGGAGGUGGAGGGAGCUGGUGCAGCUCCUGUGGAUGCUGCUCCUCAGCUAUGAGGAGGUGACAGAAGGUCACCUUCGCCGACCCAUUACCCAGCGAGCCCAGUUCAGCCACGCCCCCAUCUGGACCGCCAACGAUGACAUCACGCCAGCGGAGCUGCAGGAAGCUGCAGACUGCUUCCUGUCCCGGGUGUCAGCUGACCUAGGCCACGCCCUCCCGCCGCAGGUUCAGGAGCUGUUCUCUUACCUGCGGGAUCACCUGCUCUGUUUCUGUCGACACUGAUCUGCGCACCUUAUGUUUCGAGAGCGUUAUGACAUUUUAAAUAAAUAUUUAUUUUAUUCUAUAA